UCUAAUUCCUUUCUUCACUGUGAGCUUGAGUUUGAAGGUAAAAUGCAGAGCUGCGAGAAAUUAUUUUCUCUUCCCAGUUUUGCCCUAUCAACUAGAAGAAAUUCCUUGUAUACCCUUCAAUCUUCAUUCUCAUCUUCUUCAAGUGUUCAUCUUUACUCAAAACCCUACAAAUGUAAAACCCUAGUAUCGAGAUAUUCAUGUUCUUGUUCAUUUUCUCAAGAUUCAUCUCCUGAGAAUGCGAGAAUUAAGGUUGUUGGUAUUGGUGGUGGCGGUAAUAAUGCUGUUAAUCGGAUGAUUGGAAGUGGUCUUCAGGGAGUUGAGUUCUAUGCUAUAAAUACUGAUGCUCAGGCCUUAGUGCAGUCAAGUGCUGAGAAACGAGUCCAAAUAGGGGAACAAUUGACUCGUGGUUUAGGUACUGGAGGAAAUCCGGAGUUAGGCGAGCAGGCGGCUGAGGAGUCGAAAAAUGCGAUCUGUGAAGUUCUUGCUGACUCAGAUCUUGUUUUUGUUGCCGCCGGAAUGGGAGGUGGGACUGGUUCUGGGGCUGCUCCAGUAGUGGCUCGCUUGUCUAAGGAUGCUGGUUAUUUGACCGUAGGUGUGGUAACAUACCCAUUUAGUUUUGAAGGUCGCAGAAGGUCUGUACAGGCUCUUGAAGCUAUUGAAAAACUUCAGGCUUCUGUGGACACUCUAAUUGUAAUACCCAAUGAUCGGUUGCUCGACGUAGCUCCUGCACAGACACCUCUUCAAGAAGCUUUCCUUUUGGCUGAUGAUGUACUUCGCCAGGGUGUUCAAGGAAUCUCAGAUAUUAUAACUAUUCCAGGCUUAGUGAAUGUAGAUUUUGCGGAUGUGAAAGCUAUAAUGAAAGACUCAGGAACCGCAAUGCUUGGUGUUGGGGUGUCCACAGGCAAGAACCGAGCUGAAGAGGCGGCGCUACAAGCAACCUCAGCUCCAUUGAUAGAAAGAUCAAUUGAGCGGGCAACUGGUGUGGUGUAUAAUAUUACGGGGGGAAAGGACCUAACUUUGCAAGAGGUGAACAGAGUGUCACAGAUUGUAACCAGCUUGGCAGACCCAUCUGCCAACAUAAUAUUUGGUGCUGUAAUUGAUGAUAGAUACACAGGUGAGGUGCAUGUAACCAUAAUUGCUACUGGGUUUUCCCAAACAUUCCAGAAAGCUCUCUUCCUGGAUCCCCAGUCAUCUAAGAGGGAAUCAGCGAAUGCUAAAAAAGAGGCUCCAGUUCCUGUUGCGACAGCAUCAGACAAUGGAUCCUCAACCUUCCCUACUAGAAAACGACUAUUCUGAUUCAAAUCAAAGUCGAAUUCCUUUUCAUGUAUAUUUUCCUACGAGCCUACCUAAAACAGUUGAAUUUUUCAUUUUGCACUGCCUUUCACUACUCGGCUCGAAACAAGAAAUUCUUGGUAUGGUUGUAUCUUAUUCAGUUGGUUUUUCUGAUGUCCACUGUACUCUAGUCUUUUCCAAUCUUUCAUGAUAAUAAUUCCUGUUGUUGCA